UUUGGACCAGCCGCCGGCGGACCGCGAUGUUGUUGAGUUGAGUGACUCUCUUUGCUUCUGCUGUAUUUUGCUGCAUAAUCAAAUUUCAAUCUUCCAUGGCGAAGAAACCAGUGAAAUACUCCGUGGUGGAUGCCUUCACUGAAUCAGCUUUCAAGGGAAACCCAGCAGCGGUUUGCUUGUUAGAAGAAGAUAAAGAUGACAAGUGGUUGCAGGCCGUGGCCUCCGAGUUCAAUCUAUCCGAGACUUGUUAUCUGACUCGGGUCACCGAUUCCACGCCUACUUCAGCUCCUAGGUUUGGUCUCAGAUGGUUCACGCCUUCCAACGAGGUUGAGCUGUGUGGUCAUGCAACAUUAGCGGCUGCAUACACUCUCUUUAAGUCUGGUUUGAUAAAUUCCAACUUUAUUGAGUUUGCUACAUUAUCUGGAAUCCUAACAGCUAAAAAGGUUCCAGAUGUUAAGACAGCCAAUGAUUCAAAUAAUAUUCAAAAUGGUGAAGCACAAAAGUCCUAUUUCAUUGAACUGAAUUUUCCUGCCGCCCCAUCUCAUGAAUUCAACUCUAGUGAGGUUUCAUUGAUCUCCGAGGCCUUGGAUGGUGCUUCUAUGAUUGAUAUAAGGAAGACACAUGUCACCGACGAUCUACUUGUUGUGCUUCCAUCAGCAAAAGCUGUUGUAGAUUUACAGCCAAAGUUUGAUGCAAUCCAAAAAUGUCCAGGGUCUAGGGGAGUGAUUGUAACAGGGAUUGCUCCUCCAGAGUCUGAAUAUGAUUUUUACAGUAGAUUCUUCUGCCCUAAACAUGGGAUUGAUGAGGAUCCUGUUUGUGGAAGCGCACAUUGUGCCUUAGCACCAUACUGGUGCAAAAAACUGGGAAAGUCUGAUGUUUUUGCAUAUGCGGCAUCCCCUCGAGGCGGAGCAGUAAGCAUGCAUCUAGAUGAGCAGAAUCAAAGGGUGCUGCUGCGAGGGAAAGCUGUUACUGUCAUGGAAGGAACUGUCUUAGUUUGAAGUUUGCCAAGUACAAAAAUUUGAAAUAAAUGACUCAAUUGGUGGAAGACAAAACAAAACCCCCCAUUACAUUUGAAUAAAAAUUAAUAUUCGAGCUAUUUGUUUUGAUUA